GUUGCGUAUGAGUUCGUGCCCAAGAUGAUUUAGGAAUCCAGUCCUCUUCCUCCUCGAAAACUAGUACAAAAAAAAUUUCCGUAAACAGCUGAUUGGGAGGUCCCGGGCAAGUCGGGCAGACGCGAUCGAUGAGGUGUCGUUUCAAUCCCUCUUCCGCCUCCAUCUACGUAUUUAUUUGUGGUGGGGUUCUGUCAAUUUAUUUAAAACCCCAGCAACAAACGCCCUGCCUCAAAACCUAGACUAGAAACAACAAUCCUCUCGUCUCUCGUCCCCCAUCGCCCGCAGUAAUAGAUUCGAUUCCCACCAAGGUUGUUGUUAUACACUGCAAAGUAUGGCACAAGAUAGCUGGAAGCAAGAGACCGAGGAGACUGAAUGCCAGAGACCGAAAAGUCCAACUCUGUGUGCCAAUAAUUGUGGGUAUUUUGGGAGUGCGAUGACCAAUAAUUUGUGCUCCAAAUGCUACAGAGACUUCAUCAUGAAGCAACAGUCUGUUGCUACUCCACCUGUUAUAGGAGUUGAGAAGGCAGCUUCUACUGCAUGUUCUUCUGUGCAACGUGAACCUGCUAUUGAAAAGUCAGAUACGUUGGAUGGAGGCAAUCUCAUGAAUGUUGGCAAUGACCAAUCAGAGGAUGCUUGUGACAAACAACCAACAAAUCGCUGCUUGCGAUGCCGGAAAAAGGUUGGGUUGACUGGUUUUAAAUGCCGGUGUGGAGGCACAUUUUGCUCAGCUCACCGACACUCUGAGACCCAUGAAUGUUCAAUUGACUACAAGAGUGCUGGUCGACAGUAUAUAGCCAAAGAAAAUCCUGUUGUGAAGGCAGAAAAGAUUCGGAAAAUUUAAGUUAAUGUCUGAAAUUGAAGUUAUUAGGAUCGAACAGAGGUCACUCCUAGUUUCUGAUGCAUAGGUUUGGUGUUAGUUCUCUAUUCAUCCCCUAGUCAAUGUCCUUUCCACGAAGCACCGGAAGUGAAGUCCUUUUCUUAUUUUUCCAUUGUAAUUAGAAGUGUCAAUGAAAUGCCUUGUUACCAUUCAUGUUGCUUAUUAAGUGCUAAAUACCAUUUCUUUCUAAUAUGAGCUUUU